AUGGGGAGGGUGAGAUGGAGAGAUAGGAAGGGUUGUAUGGCAGUUGUAGUUGCUCUGAAACCAGCUCACUAUCCAGUCCACAGAAGGAGUUUACUGUUCUCUCCCCACAAACCUCAUGGAGCGAGCCUAGUUAAGAACUCAGUCUAUAGGAGGCUUGCUAUUACCUAUAAUUUCAAGGUAAGCAGACUGGUUUUCCGGAAUUUCUCUUUCUGCAUUCUAUUCUCCUUCUCUUCCCUCUCGUCUUUCUCACCUUCCUUGCUUACACAGUUUUCUGGGUGAGGUAUUUGCAGCUGUGUCUCUAGGCCUCUGGCCAGCUUUGCUCUCUCUCGCGCUCUCUCUCUCUCUCUCUCUCUCUCUUUCCUUUUCUCUCUCUCUCUCCUUUUCUCUCUCUCUCUCUCUCCUUUUCUCUCAUUUUCUCUCCUUUUCUCUCCUUUUUCUAGAAAAGCUUUCACGGAAAACACAGAACCAGAACUUGAAAAUCUAUGUGCAGCAAUGGAAACAGGUUAUGUGAAGUGAGAUCUAGUGUGUUUUAGAUUCAUACAAAAAAACAAGCCACAAACUUCUGGUUUCUGCUUUACACAAGAAAACCUAUAUGUUACACAAGACACAGAGGAACAUUUCUGCUACACUCUAGUUCAGUGUGUGUGUGUGUGUGUGUGUGUGUGUGUGUGUGUGUGUGUGUGUGUGUGUGUGUGUGUGUGUGUGUGUGUGAACAAGGAAGGAAAUGUAGUCAGCAGAGAGCAGCGAGGGUCUGAGAGAGGGACAGAAAGCUUCUGGAAUGCAGACUCCCGGAAAGGCUCUAGAACAGGGCUCUCCAACCCUGUUCCUGGAGAGCUACCUCCUGUAGAUUUUCACUCCAACCCUAAUCUAGCACACCUGAUUCUAAUAAUUAGCUGGUUGAUAAACUGAAUCAGGUUAGUUACAACGGUGGAGUGAAAACCUAUAGGAGGGCAGCGCUCCAGGAACAGGGUUGGAGAGCCCUGCUGUAGAAUGUGUGGAAUGCAGCCAUCACCUCUCAGGCCACUACCUGUACAUGUGAAGGCAACCUGAACUCAGGGGUAGAGGUAACAUGGUAAAAGUAAAUCUGUCUCCCUCCAUUUAGUAUGAUAUGUUAUAAUAUAUCAUACUAAACGGAGGGAGACCGAUUUGCUGGUACGCAGCAAAUUGGCCAGUGUUACCUAGUGUUGAUUUUCACCUGUAACAUUUCUAGUGUUGAUUCAGGUGUCAAAUUAACUCUGUAAGUGUUAAAUUAACACUCAUUGGUGUAAAAUAACAUCAGUGUUGGUGUUAAUAACCAGUGUUAAACAUAAACCACGCCCAUCAUUAUCAUAUUUCCCAGCAUGCUCUAUUGCAAGUCAAUUUUUGGAAUAGUUUGUUUCAAUAUGUACGUUUUUGCAUGUACAUUAAUUGAUGAAUGAAUGUUAUGCUACUCAAAUAUACAUAACAUAGAUUUUUCUAAACAUAGCUUUUUCUAAACUACUCCAAUCUGUUACUUGGACUUAUUGCACCCAUUAUUGAAAAGGCUAUUUCAGUUUAGACGCUUUAGGUCAGGGAUGAGCAACUGGCGGCCCGUGGAUCAAUUUCCCCAAUGUUUUCCUGUUGAGCAUUUGUGUAGCAGUUUUUCUCUUAUGUCAUUCACUGACAACUAACAUUUUAGUCUAGUGGCCAGCUAUCUAAACUUGUAGUAAUUAUGGUUGAAUUACCAAUUGCAAACAUUUCUCUCAACCCUAUGGCAAAAUGUGUAGAAUUGAAGGAAAUUAGCUGUAAAAUGGCUAAUUAUUCUCUCCGUCCCAUGGCAAAAUUAGUAGAAUUGCAUUAAAUUAGUUUUAAAAUUGCUAAAUAUUCUCUCCGCCCCAUAACAAAAUGUGUAGAAUACAUGCAGGCCUGAUGUGGCCUGUAAACUAGCCUCCCGAGUGGCGCAGUGGUCUAAGGCACUGCAUCGAGAGAUCCUGGUUCGAAUCCAGGCUCUGUUGUUGCCGGCCGCGACCGGGAGACACAUGGGGCGGCGCACAAUUGUCCCAGCGUCGUCCAGGGUAGGGGAGGGAAUGGCCGGCAGGGAUGUAGAGCAUGGCGUUUUCAACGUCAGGGUUGUGGGUUCGAUUCCCACGGGGGGCCAGUAUGAAAAAAAGAAUGUGUGCACUAACUGUAAGUCACUCUGGAUAAGAGCGUCUGCUAAAUGACUAAAAUGUAAACCAUGAGUUUCAGGCCACUGUAUCAUGAAAUACGUGUUAUAUUGUGUUAAAUAAUUAAAUGUUAAUGAUAACAUAUUUGCUACGGAUCUCACUUGGUGAAAGCCACAGGACUGAAAAUAGAUGAAUGCAACAACCAUGUCCCUGUCACUAACAAAUACAGUCAUGGGUGGUAACUCUACAAUUCACUCGAAAGGCAAGGCACUCCUAGAAACAUGCAAGUAAGGUUUAAUCUAUGCAGUGUGUUAAUUUAACACUGAAAAGUGUGGACCCGUAUAAACACUGGACCAGUGUUAAGUUCGACACUCUCUCAGUGUUGAUUUAACACUGGAGAAUUUGCUGUGUAUGUAUUAAUUUGUUGAUGUCCAUCAUCCAUUUUGUAUGAUAUGUUACGAAUUACAAAUAAGAAUGAUAUGUUAUGAAUUGCAAUUUCUACAUUAUGUUACGAAUUUUCAAUACAUAUGAUUUGUUUUACGAAUUCCAAUUUGUUGUUGCUAAUGUUAGCUAGGUGGCUGGGUGGCUAACGCUAACGUUAGCUAGGUUGUUAACAUUAGCUAGGCUAGGGAUUCAGGUUAGGGUUAAGGUUAGGGUUAGCUAACAUGCUAAGUAGUUGCAAAGUAGCUAAAAAGUAGUAAGUAGUUGCAAAGUUGUUAAUUAGCUAAAAUGCUAAAGCUGUCCAUGAUGAGAUUCAAACACGCAACCUUUGGGUUGCUAGACGUUCGCGUUAUGUUACAAGUUGCAAAUUGUACAAUAUGUUACGAAUUUGAAAUACGUAUGAUAUGUUACGAAUUCCAAUUAGUUGUUGCUAGCGUUAGCUAGGUGGCUAGGUGGCUAGGUGGCUAAUGCUAAUGUUACCGUUAAGUAGUCUUAUGUAACCAUACCAUUCUAAUUUGAGUGUCCCGGAUUUACAUUUACUAUGUUACUUCUCGUCUAUGAGACCAUGCUCGUGAAGGAGGGGGUUAAGAUGGGGAGAUUCUCUUUUGGGUAAAAGACCGUCCUCCGUCCUCUCUCCUCCAUGACCCAGAAACCAAUAAGAGUUCAAGUGGUCGAGGAGUGUGUCAAUUCGUUAGUAGACAAACUGAAUAGUGUCCUCCCCUACUUAAUAGCCACCUUUCAUUGAGGAUACUCAUGUGUAUCCUACUGCUUUUUGAAAUCUGCCAUACCCCCUUUGAAUCAACUUUUGUUUUGUCAGAGGAAAGAAACAUGCACAUGUUUAAAAACAAUAUGCUACUUAUUGUUUUAUCUAUAAAAUGUUUUGCACAACUAACUUCAUUAAUUUUAAGCACUUUGCACAUUGAUUUUGGGAUCCACCCUGUAAACGUCAUUUGCCUAAUAAUGUGCAAAUGUAGAGAAGGAAGUGCAUCCACGUUUACUCUCCUCACCGACUCUCCUUGAUUAACUUCAAACUUUUUCAAAAGGAGGCAAGAGAGGACGGAGGAGAGAGGACGCAGGAGGGGAGCAAAUCUAAUUGAUAAAAUGCAAUUGUAUCACCUCACCUGGCUGCAGGCAGGGUUGGGGAGCAACUGACUACAUGUACAUGUAAUCCGAUUUUUUAAAAACUAUAAUCAGUUACGUUACCAGCAAAAAUGUUGUCAUCAGAUUAGAUACUUUUGAAAAACUAGAUGAUUACUUCUUGGAUUACAUUAAAACUCAGAAAGGAUGUUUGCAAAAAAAUACAUUAUGACACCUUUCUGUUUUCUCAUGACAUUCAAUUCAGUAUUGAAAAAGGGUGCAAGUUUAGUUUGUUCCAACUGAGUGAGUAUGACCACAAGUCAGUGACCACUAUGACACACCAAAUGCGUUUGAUGGAUCAUUUUUAUUUUAUUCUAUAUACCUCUUAAAGGGAAAGUAAUCAGAUUACAUGACUGAGUUUGGGUAAUCCAAAUGUUACGUUAAUGAUUACAAUUUUGGACAGGUAACUAGUAACUGUAACGGAUUACAUUUAGAAAGUAACCUACCCAACCCUGGCUCCUGGACACAUUAAGGUGUAGUCUAAUCCUAUUGUACUUGGGCAGAGAAUGGCUGACAUUGACACUGAAAGUAAAGUUUCCUGGCAGCAGUGCCAUUGUAAACUAGCUAGUCAGACUACCUGGACAUGCUUGGUGGCAGAAAACAGUUACUUUCAACAUUCACUCUCUUGUAAUGGUUUUAUUUAUCUUUGGUCCACAUCCUGUGGCGUGUUUUAUGUGGGUAAUUCCUCUGUUUCUGAGCUCUGCAUGCCUGCACAAGGUCGGUGGGUGAGACUUGUGCCAAGAUAAGUACAGUGGUGUUAGGUUUAGCUAGGUUUAUGGGUUUAUGGGUUCUCUUGUUUGCUUUACACUCUUUAGUUGGAGAGACCUGAUACAAUAGUUAGCUCUAGCUGUAUGUGGCUGUGGGUAGAGAGGUUGCCCUUAAGCAAUAGGCACAGAUCUAUGAUCAGCUUACCCUCCCCAAAUCCUGAUCUGAACCAUUAGAGGUGAAAACACGAAACUGACAUCCAUGGCUGACUAUUGUGCCCCGGUGGGUGUCGACUGAUAAGGCUACCGCUUCACAGGGUUUACUAGAGGAUGGCUGCUGAGGUAGGCAAAGUGUUCCACGUUGUCAAGUGGUUCACAACCAACAUAGGUUACUGUUGGAUUUGAUGGUUGUCCUGGGGCAGGCUGGUGGAGCACCUUUGUUUUAUUUAUGUUCAUACAAGAGUCCCAGACUCUUGUAUGCUUCAGAGAACCUGUUCUGCUUUGGAGCGGGCAAUAAUGACCUCGUAUUGGAGGUCUUUGACUGUUCCAGUUCUCACUUUGGUUUUUGCGUGGAGGCUGGAAAGAUUGAAGAGGUUUCCAUCUGUUCUGUAUUGUACAGUGAUUCCUGAGUGCUGCAAGGAAGAGGGAGAAGAGAGUUGGUGCCAGCACACGCACGCACUCACACACACACACACACACACACACACACACACACACACACACACACACACACACACACACACACACACCCACACACACACCCAUGAGCAGCACACAUUUUUUAUAAAAAACAUUUCACAAGGAAUAACAGGUUCACUUGUAUUCGUGUAAUCUUUAUCUGUCAUUCAGCAGAGAAAAUGCUCUGAUACCUUCGUAGAUUAACGUUAAUGUAUUGAGUCAAACAACUGAGUUAACACUAUUUACAAUAUAAACUGCAAAGAUGAUAAUCAAUAUUUCAGUUAUAUCACAUACAGUAUGAAUGGGAACACAGAGUUGUCAGAGCUAUUUUCUGAACAUGACUCAGCCCUGUCUUUAACAUUAUAUACACUGAGUGUACAAAAUAUUAGAAACACUUAUUCAUUAGGAACACUCAGAACAGCCUCAAUUCGUCAGGGUAUGGACUCUACAAGGUGUCAAAAGCAUUCCACAGGGAUGCUGGCCCAUGUUGACUCCAAUGCUUCCCACGGUUGUGUCAAGUUGGCUGGAUGUCCUUCGGGUGGUGAACCAUUCUUGAUACACAUGGGAAACUGUUGAGCGUGAAAAACCCAGCAGCAUUAUAGUUCUUUACACACUCAAACCGGUGCGCCUGGCACCUACUACAAUACCCCGUUCAAAGGCACUUCAAUCUUUUGUCUUGCUCAUUCACCCUCUGAAUGGCACACAUACACAAUCCAUGUCUCAAUUGUCUCAAGGCUUACAAAUCCUUCUUUAACAUGUCUCCUCCCCUUCAUCUACACUGAUUGAAGUGGAUUUAACAAGUGACGUCAAUAGGGGAUCAUAACUUUCACCUGGAUUCACCUGGUCAGUCUAUGUCACGGAAAGAGGAGCAGGUGUUCCUAAUGUUUUGUACACUCUGUGUAUCUGUUUGAUAUAGAGCCCCACAGUGGAGGUGUCAUAAUACCCAUAAAACCUAGCGGUCAAACAGGGAAACAUGAUAAUGCCCUCAAAGCCGGUGUUUAGAGGAUAUAUUGGUGUUGUUAGGCUCGAGACAAAGUCGAGGACCUGCAGACUGUGCCAAUAUAUCCUCCAAACGCUGGCUUAGAGGGCAUUAUCACUUUUAUACAACAGGUUACCAACAUGUUCAACUAAUGGUUGACAUAUUUUCAUUAACGUUAUUUUCAUGAAUUUAUUCAUACUAUUUCAUCCUUCCACAAGAUAUAGUCCUGACACAAAUCUAGGGUUGCUACCCAAGCCGACUGGUCGUUCGUUCUAUCAGUUCGGUUGCCAGACACGCAACCCAGUGGUUCAGUCUUUUUACAUUUUAGUCAUUUAGCAGACGCUCUUAUCCAGAGCGACUUACAGUUAGUGAAUACAUUUUUUUAUUUUAUACUGGCCCCCCGUGGGAAUCAAACCUACAACCCUGGCAUUGCAAACGCCAUGCUCUAUCAACUGAGCUACAUCCCUGCCGGCCAUUCCCUCCCCUACCCUGGACGACGCUGGGCCAAUUGUGUGCCGCCCAUGAGUCUCCCGGUCGCGGCCGGCUGCGACAGAGCCUGGAUUCGAACCAGGAUCUCUAGUGGCACAGUUAGCACUGCGAUGCAGUGCCUUAGACCACUGCGCCACUCAGGAGUUCUGUAUCUAUGGACACAACCCAGUCAUUCGUUCCAUCAUGUUCCAUUGCCAUACUGGCUGGCUAUGUUCUUAUCCCUUGCUUGCUAGCUAGCCAACUCAUUCAAGGGGUUUUCUUUAUUUUUGACUAUUUUCUACAUUUUAGAAUAAUUGUGAAGACAUUAAAACUAUGAAAGAACACAUGGAAUCAUGUAGUAACCAAAAAAGUGUUAAACAAAUCUAAAUAUAUUUGAGAUUUGAGAUUCUUCAAAGUAGCCACCCUUUGCCUCGAUGACAGCUUUGUACACUCUUGGGAAUCUCUCAACCAGCUUCAUGAGGUAGUCACCUGGAAUGCAUUUAAAUUAACAGGUGUGCCUUGUUAAAAGUUAAUUUGUAGAAUUUCUUUCCUUCUUAUUGUGUUUGAGCCAAUCAGUUGUGUUGUGACAAGGUAGGGGUGGUAUACAGAAGAUAGCCCUAUUUGGUAAAAGACCAAGUCCAUAUUAUGGCAAGAUCAGCUCAAAUAAGCAAAGAGAAACAACAGUCCAUCAUUACAUUAAGACAUGAAGGUAAGUCCAUCUGGAAAAUGUCAAUACGUUUCUUCAAGUGCAGUCACAAAAACCAUCAAGCGCUAUGAUGAAACUAGCUCUCAUGAGGACCGCCACAGGAAGACCCAGAGUUACCUCUGCUGCAGAGGAUAAAUUCAUUAGCGUUAACUGCACCUCAGAUUGCAGCCCAAAUAAAUGCUUCACAGAGUUCAAGUAGCAGACACAUCUCAACAUCAACUGUUCAGAGCCUCAGAACUCUUGCCUCAAGAUAUGAUCAACAGCUUCACUUCUAUUCCCGUAAUAUUUAUCUGUCAAUCAGCGGAAAAAAAUGCUCUGAUACCUUUGUAGAUUAAUGUUAAUGUAUUGAUUCACACGUUACGUAAACUGAGUUCUCACAGUCUGCUACCUCUCAUAUCUGACCAUAUAUCUGACAACAGGACAUGGCUGAGGGUAGCACUACACACCAAGUUUGACAUCAGUCAGAUACGACUGUUUGCACAUCAAUAUACGGCCUGAAAGGAUUACACAAUAUCCACAUUUACAUUUUACAUUUUAGUCAUUUAGCAGACGCUCUUAUCCAGAGCGACUUACAGUUAGUGCAUACAUUAUUUUAUCGAACCCACAACCCUGGCGUUGCAAACGCCAUGCUCUACCAACUGAGCUACAUCCCCUGCCGGCCAUUCCCUCCCCUAAUCCACGAGUUGCAAUAUCUCAACAAGGAUAUUUGUUUAUAUUUAUAAGCCAUUUAGCAGAUGCUUUUAUUGAAAGCGACUUACAGUCAGGCGUGCAUAAUUUUUUUUUUUGUGUAUGGGUGGUCCCGGGGAUCGAACCCACUACCGUGGCGUUAUUUACACAAUUACAUACCCAGGUAAUUUACUGAGACAGUGGAUACUGACAUAUACAGUUGAAGUCGGAAGUUUACAUACACCUUAGCCAAAUACAUUUAAACUCAAAUUUUCACAAUUCCUGACAUUUAAUCACCACUUUAUUUUAAGAAUGUGAAAUGUCAGAAUAAUAGUAGAGAGAAUGAUUUAUUUCAGCUUUAAUUUCUUUCAUCACAUUCCCAGUGGGUCAGAAGUUUACAUACACUCAAUUAGUAUUUGGUAGCAUUGCCUUUAAAUUGUUUUACUUGGGUCAAACAUUUCAGGUAGCCUUCCACAAGCUUCCCACAAUAAGUUGGGUGAAUUUUGCCUCAUUCCUCCUGACAGAGCUGGUAUAACUGAGUCAGGUUUGUAGGCCUCCUUGCUCGCACACACUUUUUCAGUUCUGCCCACACAUUUUCUAUAGGAUUGAGGUCAGGGCCUUGUGAUGGCCACUCCAAUACCUUGACUUUGUUGUCCUUAAGCCAUUUUGCCACAACUUUGGAAGUAUGCUUGGGGUCAUUGUCCAUUUGGAAGACCCAUUUGCGACCAAGCUUUAACUUCCUGACUGAUGUCUUGAGAUGUUGCUUCAAUAUAUCCACAUAAUUUUCCUUCCUCAUGAUGCCAUCUAUUUUGUGAAGUACACCAGUCCCUCCUGCAGCAAAGCAACCCCACAGCAUGAUGCUGCCACCCCGUGCUUCACGGUUGGGAUGGUGUUCUUCGGCUUGCAAGCCAUCCCCUUUUUCCUCCAAACAUAACAAUGGUCAUUAUGGGCAAAAAGUUAUAUUUUUAUUUCAUCAGACCAGAGGACAUUUCUCCAAAAAGUACAAUUUUUGUCCCCAUGUGCAGUUGCAAACCGUAGUCUGGCUUUAAUAUGGCGGUUUUGGAGCAGUGGCUUCUUCCUUGCUGAGCGGCCUUUCAGGUUAUGUCGAUAUAUAGGACUCGUUUUACUGUGGAUAUAGAUACUUUUGUACCUGUUUCCUCCAGCAUCUUCACAAGGUCCUUUGCUGUUGUUCUGGGAUUGAUUUGCACUUUUCGCACUAAUGUACAUUCAUCUCUAGGAGACAGAACCUUCCUGAGUGGUAUGACGGCUGCGUGGUCCCAUGGUAUUUAUACUUGCGUACUAUUGUUUGUACAGAUGAACGUGGUACCUUCAGGCGUUUGGAAAUUGCUCCCAAGGAUGAAUCAGACUUGUGGAGGUCUACAAUUUUUUUUCUGAGGUCUUGGCUGAUUUCUUUUGAUUUUCCCAUGAUGUCAAGCAAAGAGGCACUGUUUGAUGGUAGGCCUUGAAAUACAUCCACAGAUACAGCUCCAAUUGACUCAAAUUAUGUAAAUUAGCCUAUCAGAAGCUUCUAAAGCCAUUACAUCAUUUUCCGGAAUUUUCCAAGCUGUUUAAAGGCACCGUCAAUUUAGUGUAUGUAAACUUCUGACCCACUGGAAUUGUGAUACAGUGAACUAUAAGUGAAAUAAUCUGUCUGUAAACAAUUGUUGGAAAAAUUACUUGUGUCAUGCACACUUGCCAAAACUAUAGUUUGUUAACAAGAAAUUUGUGGAGUGGUUGAAAAACUAGUUUUAAUGACUCCAACCUAAGUGUAUGUAAACUUCCGACUUCAACUGUAUAAGCAUGUGUAAUAUUGGAUAUUUUUUACCAUUCUAUUUGUUCAGUGACAGGCAAGUUAGUUAAGAAAGAGGAACGUUUAAGAAGGAAUUCAGUUUCAGUGGCCAAGCUGUAACCCUCUGGGUUUUUCAAUAUAACUUUACAACUAUAGUGAAUCUAACACCAUAACCUAUACAUUAGCAUUCACAUAUAGCAUAUUUAAUGCAUCUUAACAAAUAAUCUACAAGUACAUUCUUCAAUAGUUGGCAUUCCUUCUUGGUUAAGUAUCUUUUCCGAAAAUAGAUCAUAAUUCACUGCGACUGUAAUUGAAUGAUUAAAGCCCCUCUCUCUCUCUCUCUCUCUCUCUCUCUUUCUCAGAUGGGCGACCAAGAUGUUUAUGAAAGACUGUCGGGGUCCCAGACAGACGGAGAGAUGGGCGAAGAGAAAGAAGGAGAAAGCGAAGGAGAGAGUGAAACGAGGGGGUCGUGGACAGGCGCUCAGAGUUUCUGCCAGUUCUCAUCCUCUCUACGUGCUGUGGUUCGCAUUAGACAGAAAUACCAGACCAUGAAGAAACGACGGCUGGAGUUAGCCGGGCUGGGUGGAGGAGGGCCAGUGGUAAGGGCUGGUCUCCUCACUGGGGCCCCUGUUCGCACCAGCCCCAAAAUCUUCACCUUUGAGGGGUUGACCCCCUCCAGCUCCACCAAGACCGCCCCCUCGCUCCUCCAAAAGAAGAAGAUGAAGAGGUCGCGGCGGGUUAUGUUCCCCAGUGGAGGGGGGUGCAGGGCCCCCGUCGUACAGGAACACAGCCGAGCAAAAAACUGCCUCUUCCUCCUCUGCACCAUCCUCUUCCUCCAGGUAAUAAGUGAAUGUGUGUAUGUGUGUGAGGUUCAUCUUCAUCUUUGUCAUCCUCUUUGUCUGUGUUUAUGUCUUAUUCUGUACUUUCUCCCUCCCUCCAGGUGUAUAAUGCCAUAGAAAACCUUGAUGACCACGUCCUGAAGUAUGACCUGGAGGGAUUAGAGAAGACUCUAUGUAGGGAGGUGUUUGGCCAGCAGGGGGCGAUGGAGGCUCUUUUAGCCCAGCUCAGAGACUACCUCUCUACUUACGUCCACAAUAAACCCCUGGUCCUCUCCUUACAUGGGCCCAGCGGCGUGGGGAAGAGCCACAUAGGGAGACUCCUGGCUGGGCACUUCCGCUCGGUGGUGGGGGAGCCCCUGGUUCUCCAGUACUUUGUGUUGCACCACUGCCCCCUGGAGGAUGAGGCCUGGCGCUGCGCCCGAGCUCUGACGAUCUUAGUGUCGGAGACAGUGCUGAGAGCAGAGGAGGAGGAGAAAAUUCCGGUAUUCAUAUUUGACGAAGCAGAGCACCUUCACCCAGAGCUGCUUGAUGCGCUGAGGGAUCUGGUGCAAUCAAAACGCUCCAACGAAUACCUGAACGCAGUCUACCUGUUCCUUAGCAACCAAGGACACAACCACAUCACUAUGCACCUGCUGCACAACUCAUCCAGCGACUCCAUGAUGAGGGUGUCUGGGUACCACGGCAACCUCGUCAAGGAGCUGACUCCGUUGUUGCAGAAAACUCUGGAGAAGCUCCACCCACUGUGGGCAGAUGCUGAACUCCUACCUCUGACCCUGCUGGAGAAAGGUCACGUGACGGAGUGCUUCCUGGAUGAGAUGACGAGGGAGGGAUUCUACCCGGACCAUACCAACAUUGAGAGGCUGGCGGGGGAGAUAGAGUACUACCCCGUGGUAGGGGGCCGGGUUUAUGCCCGGACAGGCUGUAAACAGGUGGUGGCGAAGGUCAACCUGCUGUGAGAGACCUACAGAGGGAUGUUGAGAUUACAGAAGACAGGGACAGAGAAACACGUGUCCUGAGUAAAGAUACUUCUGAACAGUGUCAGUGGCGGUUCCAAAAACUGUUUUGGCCCAUAGCCUUUUGGAGCCUUUUUGUGUUUCUUGUGAUCCAUCAAGUAAACAAAGCCAACAUUACUAGCCAGAACCCACCAUUGGGGAAAAACAUUGUCGUAUGUCUGAGAAUGAGGAGUAUCUCUACGUUGAAGGCUAAUCAUGUCAGAUAAUAGUAUUUUCUACGUUCUGUAACUUAGCACCAUCCUGAACGAGCCCCUUGGUUACUAGAUGAAUAGAUAAUUACCAUUUAGGUAUGAAAAAGAACAGGCUAGGUAGGGCUAAUAUCAUAGCCUGCACAUCUGCAGAGUGGAGUCAAAAUCAGGAGUUGUGGUAAUGGUGAAGCACCACUGCUCAUUCUCCCACAAUGCUGUUAUACAGUAAUACACAGACCCACUCCCAAUAGAGCCUUCAAACUCAACUCUGGACCU